CCUCGUAAAGCUGCGGAUUUCUGGACAAAUAAAGAGGCAAAUCGGAUAAAGCAAUAAAUCAGGAAGAAAAAAAGAAAAUCUGCACCGAAACCCGCGAUUUGUCGUCGUGGCGAGUGGCGAAUACGGUGGGCUCUGUGGCGGGUCGCUGCUUCCGGUACCUUCCUUAAAUCAACCGCCACCCAACCCGGACCCUUUUGGUUUUGGUUUUGGUCAGAGAGCAGCCCACGUGAGAAGGAGAAGGUAAGAAGAAAACAAUGCGACAGACGAGCGAGCGAGGAAGAAUAGAUGGGAGGAGGGAGUAGCUGCACAAAUUCCUGAGUCGGAUUUGCUGCUGCUUCACGGAAAUGGCGACGUGCUCGUCCCAGGAUCAGGUUGAUAGCGCUGUUCUACAUGCCAAUGUUGCCGUUUCGGGCGGUGAGGGAGUCGGUAGCGGUACGAGGAUCGGGGUCGACGCUGAAGGUGGAGGUGGUGGAGGAGAGGCGAAAGCCGACGUGUUCGUGAGAAACCCUAGCGAUGGUCCUGGUCGCACUGCUGCUGCUGCUGCUGGCCCUCCCGUCGACGAUUGCUGCCCGAUCUGCUUCGGCGACUUCUCCGUCGCCUGUAAAGCCAAUUGCGGCCAUUGGUAUUGCGGAGGUUGCAUUCUCCAGUUUUGGAACUACUCAGCAGCAUCAAGACCAUGCAAAUGCCCAAUGUGCUCGUCUAGCAUCACUAAGUUGACACCAGAGGCAUCAUUACUCAAUCAACGAGAGCAGGAAGUUAAGGAUGUUUUGCGGGGUGUUGAGAGGUACAAUCGCUUGUAUGUUGGAGGAGCACGAGGCCUCGUUCAGGUGGCACUUCUCCCUCUGCCAAGUUAUCAUUAUCUUAUUUCUUAAGUUCCUUGUCAUUGUUGUAUACUUGUUGUCUGCGAGAUAACUAACUGCCACGGUUAUGAACAGAAAGUGCGAGAAUCGCCGUUAUUCAUCAAGCGAAUUGUUCAGCGGGUGAUGGAUCCUGAUAGACCUGAGUACUUCCUUCAGGAAGCUCGCCUCUUGGCUAUGAUAAUGAGCAUUCUCUAUGCAUUCUCUCCCUUCGACUUUAUUCCAACAGGUGGGGCAGGAGUGGUGAGAUUGUUUGAUCACGUAGCCAUCAUAAUAGUUCUCGGCCUCAAACUGAUUGGCCUUUACCAUCGACGGAGGCUCCAUCAGCGAGUUAGGCAAAUGGCUGCCCAACCUCCAGCUGAAUGACGGACAUUACCGAAGCCGCUCAACAGAGGCUAUGCAGCAGUUUACUCAUGUAUAGUUAGACUAUAGUCUUCUGUUUGUUUUAACCACUUGUAUACAGUCGAUCGUUGCGAGAGAUUGAGGGGUUGUUGCCCUUUUGGCGUGCGGCUUUCGUUGUAAAUAUUAUAUGCACAUAUAUAUCUACUAGAAUGAAAUUGGUACAAGUAUGUAUAGGUGUCAAAACAUAGCCCGACCCGAUUAACCUGCCCGAUCAACUUGACCCGCAACCCGACC